AUGGCGUCCAACGGUAUUGAUUCGGCGACACAGCCAGCUGUUAGACUGGCUUCAUUGCGCCAUGAUAAGAGCGAAGCGCCGAACGCCGACAACGUUAUAAAUGUGGAGCACGAUGAAGAAGGCAGUAUGAAGCAUGUCGAUGCUGAUUCGACGCCUGUAUCUGCUCGCGACCAUGCCUUUGCCGAACUCGGAAUCCCAAAUUGGGAAGAGUUGGAGAAGAAGGUUGUUCGCCGGCUUGAUAUGACCCUCUUGCCGACGCUUUGGCUUCUCUAUGUCUUCAACUACCUUGACAGAGCCUCCCUUGGGCAAGCCCGUCUAAGUACUCUUGAUGAAGAUCUUCAAUUAGUGGGGUCGCAGUUUGGAUCUGCUGUGUCUAUCCUCAGUGCUGGCUAUGUUCUCGGUCAGGUUCCCUCCAACAUGAUCAUUGGCAAGUCGGCCGAGUCUGUACCUUCCCGGUAUGGCCAUCUUAUGGCUAUCUAUGUCAUGUCCAGCUGGUACACCCGUCGAGAAAUCGCGGUCCGCAUUGCCAUCAUGUCCACUGGAGUCUCUCUGGCCAACGGGUUAUCAGGUCUGAUCGCCGCAGCAGUCUUCACUACACUUGAGGGUGCACGUGGUGUCGCCGGUUGGCAAUGGCUUUUUAUUGUUUUGGCUCUGUUUGGGUCAGCAUUUGCCUUUGCCGCUGUGUUUUUACUACCUGACUACCCUCAGUCUAAGAGUGGAAGUGCCCUGUGGACUAUGACUGAGGACAUGCGCAAGGUUGCCCAGAUCCGAAUUAUCGCCGAUAGAGUCUCCGAAGUUGAGAUCCAGUCUACCAUCUGGACUGGUGUUAAGCUUACAGUCAUCGACUAUAAGUUCUGGCUUCUGACUGGAGUUAAUAUCGCCAUCUCGGCUGCUUACGGUUUCUCUAACUUCUAUCCAGCCAUUGUCCGUGGUCUGGGCUAUGACAGGAUCACGGCACUUCUUCUCACUUUUCCACCCUAUUGUGUCGCUGCCGCCACGUCCAUUGCUGUUGCUUGGAAUUCUGAUCGUGUUGGAGAGCGUGGAUGGCAUUUUUCGACUCCUAUCGCCGUUGGUCUGGCUGGCUAUGUCAUCUGCAUGAUUACAACGGCGACCGUUCCUCGAUACUCAGCUUCAUAUCUGUUUAUCGGAGGCUUGUUCGGUGCCAACCCUCUGAUUCAGACGUGGCUGUCUACGACUCUAGCCCGUACUCCGGAGAAGAAGGCUGUCUCUGUAGCCCUCUAUAACGUUCUGAGUCAGAUUGGUAACGUUAUAGCGCCAUUUUUCUUCAUUGACUCCAAUGAGCCUCGAUACCGCCUGGCAUUUAUCCUCAUGUUUCUCAUGGGUAGUCUUUGUAUCAUCUUUGCUUUGACCCUUAAGCACUGCCUCUGGAGGGAAAACAAAAGAUUGUACCGCGAGGCACAGGAGAAUGGUACUCCUUACAUGCCAUACCUACAGUAA